GCUUCUUUGCUGCGCUUUCUCUCCACCUUCAUGAAACGGCCGAACAGCAACGUUGACAGCAGAGACAAUUCCAAACGUCAUGUGACAGACCAAUUUGAUCGAUCAUUCGAAACAGUAUCAACCAUUGAAUCGCUGAGCGAUCCAGAAGACCCUACCUACAACCCUAACGAACGAUUCACAGCAGCAGUUAUUGACAAUAACGAUGAGAACGAUAAUUUUUUUGCUCAAGACGAUACGCUUGUCAUGAGUUUCGAUGGGAUCCAUUCCAACAUUGUAUCCGAAGAUGACACUGAGAAUCCACCUACAAGCGAUCCUAUAGCAGGGUUUACAGAUGAUGAUGCACCUAUUGGCGUACACGGUGACGAACAAGAACAUGAUCAUAUCGGCGGCAGCAGCGAAAAUUAUCCGCAGAAUAUUCUAGAUGGACUGGAUGACUGGCGGCCAACACCUGGAUUUCGAUCGUCAACACAACAGUCGUCCUCAUCGACUUUAGACGACGACGAAAUUCUAAGCAGCUUUGUCACCGAUGACGAUGGUUUGGACUCUUCUCAACAACAACAACAACAACAACAGCCUUGGCAGCCUCAGCGAAGACCUUCAAUCAUGAAUCGAGCAUCAAUGCAAGAAAGAACGCCAGCAAGAAUCGAAUGCGCACCGAUUCCUGAUUUUAGGCUCCAAUCUGCAUCGUUGCCAAAAGUCUAUCCGAAAAUACCUGUAACAGCCAAUAAAAACAGUAACAAUAAUAUCCACCACCGUCAUCAUCACCAUCGCCACCAUCAUCAAGAUCAAGAAUAUACACCAAAGAACAAGCCGCUCGAUUUUAAAACUGAUGGACCAGCUGCAGACAUUUUAAGACAGAUAUCACGAGCAGCUGAGGAUCAUGCAGCAUGGGAGAGCAAAGUCCGAGCUGAGAUGGCCAAGCUAGGAUCUUUACCACAAGUCUGCUCAUUAUUCGAUAAUGCAACGUUAUUUCGUGUCCUUGAUAGCUGGGUUGAACGUGGAUUAAUAUUUGGUCGAUGUGUUCAGGUUCGACCUAGCGAAUUGGCGCAUAUAAUGCAACAAGCUUCUGGCGGGAACUCUGACGACGACGAUGAUGAUAUGAUUGAGGACUUGGUCUCCCAGCCAGCGACAUUGCCACCCUAUACGCCAAUUGACGGAGAGCAAGAAUAUACGUUUUUGUUUUCCUUUGCUCAUAUGCCUCAAAUAACGUCUAGUGUCAAAACCAAAUUCCUGCAAGAAGAGUGUGCUGCAGUUUGGACACCAUGGACGGUUGUAUCGGAUACCCAGCGGGAAGUCUAUGUAGCUACCCGGUUCUUGACAUAUUCAAUGUAUUAGCUGACAUGUCUUGGAUUCACAGAUUAAAAAAAAAAGAAAGUAAAUAAACAACGGUGAAAGGGAUGGAUGAUGUGAUGAUGUGUGUGGGUGGUUAAAUGCCAAGCCGGGCGAGUGAAACCAUACACAAAAAGUCACUUUCCAUUUUUGAAAGCGUUCUUUUUUUUUUUUUUUGCUCUCUUCUUCUCUUCCUUUUCUUCUAUUUCGUCAC